AAUUUGUUGAAUGUGCCGUCAACUUCCGGUUUCCUUGGAAUGGUCCAACCCUCAAUAGCUGCUUGCCGAACACCGCACCUCCACUUGCAGCCAGAACACCCCUCCUAAGAGAGUCUACUACAGACAAGCGUGCUGGUUCAUGGUCCGUUGAGAGAGUGGCAUUGGCUUCAUUAUUUUGAUGCGCCACAAGAAUGGAAGCAGAUGUGGAAUUUCAGUGGCCCGAUUCGGGAAGAGAAAAGGUGGUAGAAGACUACAGAUUCAUUCUGUGGGUUCGCCUUGAUGAUGUGGAGAAGUAUGGCUUGGAGUACUGCCUUUAUUUCCAAACUCUCCGAUAUGUGUGCCGUUUCUUAUUCUUCAUGUCUAUCGCUGCAAUUUUCUUGAUUAUUUUUGCACUUGAGGGAUCUCAAUUUUCAAACAAUGACCUUUGCUCAAGAUUUGCACGUACUACGAUGGGCAACGUUGGAGUAGAUACUGCCCUUGCAGUUGGAACACUUGAUGUUCGUUUGGAUUCGACUUCUGGGGCGUUGGGAAUCACAGUCUUAGUUGGCGUUCAGCUGGUUUUCCCGGCCUUGGCACUGCUCCUCCUCAGUUGUUUCGCAUGGCCGCGCUUGGCUGGACAUCCUGAUCUCACCUCAGAACCAUCAGUUGCAGACUAUGCCCUGGAGGUCUUUGGAAUUCCUGAUUCUGCGUUGGAAUCCGAAAUUGUGAGCCACUUUGAAGAACUGUUGCGCGGGAGCAGCUUUGAUGGCUUGGUGUGCGACGUGGCCGUGGCUCGGGACUUCCGGGGUGCAUUGCUCGAGGCGAUGGAGGCCGGUCUCAACACCCAUCAAAAACACGAGCGGGCGCAAGAACAUCAACGACCAGUCUUCAGCACCUUCAUAGUGCUCGGAAGCGAAGCAGAGCGCAACUGGCUCAUGCGCGGUUUCCGUUGGCAGCGAUGGAUACGAUGCUUCCAACCGAGGUCGAAGCGCUUUUGCAGAAAGUGGCCUUUGUAUUUCCGAGCCGCCCCUGAACCAUGUGAUCUUCAAUGGGCACACUAUUUGGAUGGACGAUAUUGUGGUCCAUCAUUGACCUUUCAGCCGCUGAUCCGCUGCUGUACCUUUGCUACGCUCCUGCUUCUCCUGAGCACAGGCUCCUGCAUUUCAGCGUUGCUUUGGUGGCCAUUGCUUGGACAUCUAGGAAGCAUGUCGAUGCAAUGCACCAAUUGGUCAGAAACUACGGCAGGUUCGUGCAACUGCUUCUGUUUUUGCGAGUCUUCAAGCUGUGACGAAUGGAGCCCUCCUGUUGGCAUUCUUGCUCAGGGGCUGUUGGCAGAAAUCUUCCAGCAGAUGUUCCCGCGUGUAAUUCAAUGGACCAUGAAGUGGUGGAGAUGCAAUUACCGGUCCCGUCAGGAAGGUGCUUGGAUGAUUACAACUGCACUGGCACACAGCUGCGCCGCACUGUCUCCUGUCCUUGGGCUUUGGGGUCUCAAGCUUCUAUGGGCAUACCAGCUGGUGAAGAGUCCUAGCACAUUUGCAGAUCCAAAAUGGCAGAUGGACUUGAGUUUUUACCUCUAUGGCCUUCCUGUGAUUGUAAUUUGGUGUAUUUGCCGCUGGCUCGCGGUGAUUAUCGAUGCGUUGCGCUUGCGUGCCAUGCGCUGGACAGGUCAGCGCUUUAUCCUGUGGAGGCAGUAUGCAUCUCUGGUCUCAACCCUCGCGGUGACUAUCAUUUUUCAGCCUGCGGCACCCAUUCUGACGCCACUGGCGACCUUGGGCCUCCUGGCACGCUAUUGGUGUGAGAAGUCGUCCAUGCUCCGUGGAGCCUCCGUCAGAUGCGGAACACCAGUAAGGCUCGCCUUGUAUAGUGCCACAACUGCUGCCGGGUGCCUUUGGAUUGCGACGAUCUUCGCCUGCGGCCUUUUCUUGGCAGUUCUGUGGCAAGGUCCAGGGCACUCUUUGUCAUCCGAGCCUGCUGUGGCCUCAUUACUUUUCGUGGCCUUUCUGGUUGGUGCUCCCCUGCUCCUUUGGACAAUACGAGGAGUUCUUUGGAUGGCCUUUGGCUUCGGAGACCCGCCAGGGACCUCAAGACCUUUGGUAUACACGAAGCAGAGGAAGGCUCCACCAAACCGUAUGAGCUUCCACGAAGCCUGGCUCAUCAUGAGACACCAGCACAUCUUGUACUCCUACAGCAUCGCAGACAACCCGGACUUCAACGGGCUCCUUCAAAAACUAAGACCAGAGCUUGCAGAGCUUGUGGGUCGGGAAGAGCCCAAUGUGAGAACCUUGGUGGGUCGGAGCAUCGACGUCACAUGCAGCCGAGCCGUGGUUCAGGAAGCGGCACCUACACGAGCCAGUGCUGCUGCAUAGGUUUUCAUUGCUCACUGGGCUGGGUGUGUCCCAACAAAGUGAUCCUAUUGUUGCCCAAAUCAACCGAUGGGUUGGGUGCUAAAAUUGACACCAAAUGUAGCUUGAGGUUGGUCAAGCUUGGGCCAUCGCUGAAUUCGGCCUGCUUGCUCAACUGUUUCACUGUGAUCAAGCUUAAUUGAGCUUGCAAAGUCACCAGGA